AUGUCAUUUAGUAACCCUUUCUCCGACGAUUUGGAAGCAGAUGCUGCCUCCAAUCACUACAAAGACUUCCCUGAGUUUGAGUCGCUAUCUCAGGCCAUUGAUAAUAACCUAUACAACAUCAACAAUAAUCAGUUGGUGUCCUUAAGGAACUUGCUUGGGCAAUAUGAGAAGCUAUUACAAAGCGACGUUGAAACUAUCAAAUUAAACUCUUCUAGAAUCUCUCACAAGAUCAUGGAAGUCACCGGAAAAUGUACAGACUCUUUCAAGAAGAUCAAUGGUAGUGCAAAGCUGCUCAACGACUACUUGACGGAGUGUGAAAAUAAUCACGAGGAUUCCGAUUCAUUACAAUAUCUUCGGCAAAAAGAGGGCGUUCUAGUGAAUUUAGUAAAGUCCAGUUUGCAAAGAUAUAGGAGUCUACAGGAAAAGUACUCCAGUUUACAAAAACAGUAUGUGAGUAAAAUGCCUGUUCUGCAGCAGGAAGAGGAAACCUCCACUGAAGACACUUCAGUUCCUCAAAAGCAGCAAAGUAUACAGAUCACAUACGAGCCAAUCAAUGCAGAAGAAUUGGAGCAGCAGACCCUCUUGAUAGAAGAACGUGAACGUGAAAUACAACAGAUCUCUCAAGAUACUCAGGAGAUCAAUGACAUAUUCUCCAACUUGCAAGAUAUCAUUCAAGAACAGCUGUUUCAGAUAGAUACCAUUGAGGAGAAUAUAAAUAGUUAUAGUGCCGAUGCAAGAGGCGCCUCUAGAGAGCUACGAAAGGCUGAGCGCUAUCAGAGAAGAUCAGGUGGGCGCAUGUGCUGCUGUCUUAUAAUUCUUUUGAGUAUUCUAGGGUCUAUUAUCCUCAUAUCUAUAAUUUUUUGA